GUUCACUUGGGUUUUCUCUUUUUGAUAGUUAUGGAACACAAGCCAAGGUUAGGAAUCAUGAAUGGAAGCAAGGUUGGUAGCUACAUUGUGCUGCGCGUAUAUGAUCAUCCUCUCACGGAAAGAACCUAUCGACACACAGUUGAGGACUAUAAGUAAGGUAACCCAAGGAUCCUAAUUCCCAGCAGCAAAGAAGAACCUGCAACCUUAGAAGAGAAAACGGAAAUAGAGAAAAGAGAGCUUGCUUCUGGUGAAUAAAUGGAGAGGGAUAGGGAGAGCCAGCCGAUUUAUAUAGUGGCUGAUGCCGUGGUGGUGAUAAUGAUAGAGAAGCUGAGGAAGCUCAAGUCGGCCGAGGAGGAGAUGUGCCCCGUGCUGAAGAGUCAGGUCGACAAAGUGAUCCCAAAGCUCAAACGGGUCUAUGAGUUCUUGAAGUACGAGGGCAAGAAGGAAAGCCAUAUUGAGUGGACGGAUCGCCUCCUGCGGGUCCUCUACGAGGCCGAGGACAACAUCGACAUUUUCUUCCGCCGGAUGGUCCAUUUGGAGCAGGCGACUAUCGUACCCGUUCUCGACGUGCUCGAGCCACUGUUGUGGAAGGGCAUCCUCUUGCGGAAGAUGAGGCUCUUCCUCAGCAACGUGACUCGGGUACUUGAGGACCAACACCUGGACUCAAAAGGGGCUGGCACUGAUUCGAGGUAUUCCAUCCCCAACGAAGGGCGCCACCAGUACUACGACCGGUGGAGGAGAGUCAAUGCCGACCAAGAAGACGCAGCCGAGAAAAUUGGCAUAUUCCGUGAUCAUCGCGACAAGAUCAUCAAUAAUGGUGGUGAGUGGCUCCAUUGCUGUGCGGUCGUCGGUGAAAAAGGGUCCGGGAAGACGUACCUCGCCUGGAGGAUUUACAACCUACCGGAAAUCAAGAAGCAUUUCCCAUGCCGAGCCUGGGUACACGUCUCGGAUGAUCGUGCACUCAAAGAUAUAAGGUACGCGGUCCUGAAGCAGAUCUCAAAACAGGUGUUGAGGAACAGCGAGCACAUGGACGACGAGGAGGUGGAGCAAGCUCUCCAGAAGGAACUUUAUGACCAGAAUUACCUCAUAGUGUUGGAUGAUUACGACCACACUGAUUCCUGGCAUGCGUUCAUGUGGUCCCUUCCCUUCUACAACAAAGGCCGUGUCCUGGUCACGACCCGAAGCUUGCCAAUGGCAGAUAAAGCUGACAGUAAGAUCAAACUAGAUAAUUUGGGGGAGGAGGACACUGUGAAGCUCUUUAAGGAGAAAGUGCGUAGCUCGAAAAUCAACUUGCAGGAUAAGGACAUCAAGAAGAAGAUCUUCCCAGCGAGUGGGGGCUUGCCCCUCAAGAUCGUUCUGCUAGGCGGGCUAUUGAUGAACCUUAGUCGUGAGACUAAGAAUUGGCAUGACGUGAUCGAGAGAGAACAGAGUCUCACCGACAUACUCACUUUGAGUUACAAUUACUUGCGGCCGGGAGAAAAGCCAUGUUUUCUUUACUUGACACUCUUCCCUAAAGCUACGCCAAUCCCGGUACGAAGGAUAAUACGGUUAUGGCUUGGCGAGGAGUUGCUGAUGGGUCAGCGCGAUGACGGGCUCCCCAUGAAUCCCGAAGACCGGGGGGAGAAGUAUCUGGAGGACCUGAUACUGAGCAACAUGGUCGAAGUGGUGACUUGGAAGCCCGAUGGGACCCCAAGGACGUGCCAAGUGGUGACACCUAUCUAUGAUAUGUUCCGUCCCCAAGCGGUCUCCCUUGGCCUCCUCCACAUCCACGACCAAAAGCCAAAAGAUUCCGGGCCAACUCAGGCGGAAUCGGACAGGUUCAAAAGGCGGCAGUCCAGCGUCCGUUGGCUCACAGAAUACUCCAACAUCAAGAGCUUCGGCUGGUCGGACCCUUACUACAUCAAGCGAAUGCGUUCCUUCAAUUCCUUUUACACCCGGAAGGGAAUCCUCACCAGAGACCUAGGUAAGUUGCUCCGAGCCGUGACUUCGCACAACAGUCACCGGCUCCUAAGGGUACUCGACCUGGAAGGUGUUUACAAGCCCUACUUGCCCGGCACUAUCGAGAGGUUAGUCCUCUUGAAGUACCUCGGGUUGAGGUCGACGGUCCUUGAUUCAUUACCCAACUCCGUCGGCGAUCUCCCACAACUGGAGACCUUGGACAUUAAGAACACCAAUAUAGUCCUUCCGGUUUCCCUUUGGAAGUCUAAGAGCCUCCGGCACCUCUACUUGAAUGGGUUUCCCGUUGAUCCAUCGAUCCUCAACCGUUGCACGAGCUCAGGGUUCUUACCAGACCUUCGAACCUUGACUGGGCUAUAUGUGAGCAGCAUUGAUGACGACUUAGUGAAUGGCCUGAUGAAGUCCUUGAGACACCUUACCAAGCUCGGGAUCAUCUCCCAGUGGAGCUACAAGCUAGGGAACAAUAUAGCCCGGUGGGUUCCCAUGCUGACCAAUCUUCAGUCUCUGAAGCUGGGCAUGAUUGAAAAGGAUAAGGAGUCGAAGACCAAAACAGAUAAAGAAAAGGAUAAGGAGUCGAAUACCAAAACAGAAAAAGAGAAGAAUAAGGAGUCGCCCCCGCCUAGCCUUCCCUCCAUGCCCGAGCUUCGCAAUCUGUUCGACCUGUACCUGCGCGGGAGAUUCCAAAAUGUGGAAGCAAACCAGCUGCCUUCAUGCCUCAAGUUCCUCACGCUGUCCAAGUCCGAGUUUUCAGAGGACCCGAUGCACAACCUCGGGCAGUUACAGCAACUGAGAACCUUGAGGCUCUUAGCCAAAUCAUACGUAGGUACGGAAAUGAGGUGCUCAAAGGAUGCAUUCCCGAGCCUCCGGGUUUUGAAGCUCUGGCAACUCACCGAACUGACGAAGUUGACUGUGGAGCCAGGCAGCAUGCAUAAACUUAAAGAGCUCGAAAUUCGAAAGUGUCCAAACCUUCCAUUCGAAGGGAUCGAUAGUCUGAAGCAUCUCGAGUCACUGGAGGAACUUAUUCUCACAAAUAUGCCCAAUGAAUUUUUCAGGGAUUCUGAGAAAAAACUGGAGCAUUGCCAUGUCAUCGAAGUCCAGGGGCCGCCAGAAGAACAUGACGAGGGUAAGGAUGCUUCGGAACAAAUGGCUGAGGAGGAUAGCGAAGAUGAGGAGCCAUCCUCUUUAAGUUCCCGUGCUGAUCUUAGAGGAGACAAUACCUUUGCUCUCUUUAAUCUGUGAUAGGUAAAGCCUGAUUUACGUUUGUUUAAUAAGCCCCGACGGAUUUGUGCUGUGGUUGGGCUGUUCCAGUGGGGCCGGCAGUCAUCCAUUUUUUUUUUCCAACUAUAUAUCUUCAAAGUUCGUGCCGGUUUCGGUUUCAUGAUUGAAGAAUCGGAUUGUAAUGCAUAGGCUUGAGAUGCAAUUUAUCAGUUAUCAAAUUCGUUUGCAGUUUCCUCAGAAGGCUUUUUCUGAAAGCUUGUACCAACCACUCCCUAUUUGCUAAUGGGUUCAAGUAGAAUUUAGAAAGCCGAAACACUUUAAAGGAUCAAAUUUCAAUUGCCACAAGUCUCCGAUCUCCAGUAAAUUUACAAAGCCUUUCUUUUGUACAAAUGUUACCAACCACAUCAAUAAUCACAGGCCGAAGAACACUCUGCCUGUUAAUAGGAUAGCCAAGAAACGUGACUUACAGAUCUAACUUGCAACAGAGACAACUCGGAAGACAAGC